AAGCAAAUCAGUAUGGCAGCGACCGCAAUCGCCCUUCGCGGCGUUCGCCUCUUCCUAAAUCGUAGCAAAGAGGCAGCAGAGAAACGCGCCCCUCCACCGCCUGUGACUAAACCCAGGGCCAAGCCUAAGAAGGUCACUCCUUCUAAUAAGCUGUCGCAGAAGUCUAUGGACGCUCUGUUAAAGAUUUGCAAAUUCAACAAGAAUGAAUUGGAAUCUCUGUACACCAUGUAUCGGCAACUCGUAACUGCAGCGCAAGCCGCCGCGCCACCUGCUCUCUCCGGACAACCCCCACCGGCCAAAAUUGAGGGCAUAGAUCAAAACACAUUCCGUGAUGUAAUGCAUAAUACGUUCGACCUGGUAACAGAAGAGGCUAUUUUAGAACGAAUCUGGAUUACCUGGGAGAGAGGAGCGGCUGGUGGGGAGGGAGCGCUGAAGUUCGAGAGCUGGGUCCGAGGACUGAGUGUACUCCUGAAGGGUACUGAAGAGGAGAGAAGGAACCAUUGUUUCAAUGUUUAUGAUUUAAACGCCGAUGGAUAUAUUACGAGAGAUGAAAUGUUUAUAUUGUUAAAAAACUCGCUGCUAAAACAGCCCGGAGACGAGGAUCCUGAUGAAGGAGUCAGAGAUCUGGUGGAAUUAGUACUCAAGAAGCUUGAUAUCGACAAAGACGGACGCGUUUCGCCUGAGGAUUAUAGAGAAGCGAUAGAGCAAGAGCCACUGCUACUGGAAGCGUUCGGACAAUGCUUACCUACGAAGAGACAUGCUGCAGCGUUCCUUAAAUCAUUAUGUAUUAAACAAUGAUUAGUAGCAGUAGCGCUCCUUGUGAAAGAGUUCGUCCAGGGAAGGCCUUGUAUUAAUACGAGUCAAGCA